GAGUUCAAGAAUUGGGGUGCAUGGUCAGCUUGUAGCAAAGCGUGUGGAGGAGGCAAGCGAAGCAGGAGCAGAGAGUGUUCAUCGACGGGUGACAUUCCAUGCUCUGACGAUACUACAGAAGAGGAAGACUGUAACACAAAUGCCUGCGCUACAAACGUGAUGAGGUGCUACUAUUGCAAAGGGAAAAAGAAUAGCGAUUGCACGAAGACCGAAACAUGUAAACAGGACGAAAAGUCCUGUGAAACCAAGAUCAAACGGAAUGGAGCUGACAUCGAGAAGAAAUGCAAGAAAACAAAAGACUGUAAGCCUAAAUGUGACAAGAAAGAUAAGGACUGUACCCUGUGUUGUACUGGAGACUUGUGUAACAAGGACCAAGGUUAUGCCGAGUUCAAGAAUUGGGGUGCGUGGUCAUCUUGUAGCAAAGCGUGUGGAGGAGGCAAGCGAAGCAAGAGCAGAGAGUGUUCAUCGACGGGUGACAUUCCAUGCUCUGACGAUACUACAGAAGAGGAAGACUGUAACACAAAUGCCUGCGCUACAAACGUGAUGAGAUGCUACUAUUGCAAAGGGAAAAAGAAUAGCGAUUGCACGAAGACCGAAACAUGUAAACAGGACGAACAGUCCUGUGAAACUAAGAUCAAACGGAAUGGAGCUGACAUCGAGAAGAAAUGCAAGAAAACAAAAGACUGUAAGCCUAAAUGUCACAAGAAAGAUAAGGACUGUACCCUGUGUUGUACUGGAGACUUGUGUAACAAGGACCAAGGUUAUGCCGAGUUCAAGAAUUGGGGUGCAUGGUCAUCCUGUAGCAAAGCGUGUGGAGGAGGCAAGCGAAGCAGGAACAGAGAGUGUUCAUCGACGGGUGACAUUCCAUGCUCUGACGAUACUACAGAAGAGGAAGACUGUAACACAAAUGCCUGCGCUACAAACGUGAUGAGAUGCUACUAUUGCAAAGGGAAAAAGAAUAGCGAUUGCACGAAGACCGAAACAUGUAAACAGGACGAAAAGUCCUGUGAAACCAAGAUCAAACGGAAUGGAGCUGACAUCGAGAAGAAAUGCAAGAAAACAAAAGACUGUAAGCCUAAAUGUGACAAGAAAGAUAAGGACUGUACCCUGUGUUGUACUGGAGACUUGUGUAACAAGGACCAAGGUUAUGCCGAGUUCAAGAAUUGGGGUGCGUGGUCAUCUUGCAGCAAAGCGUGUGGAGGAGGCAAGCGAAGCAGGAGCAGAGAGUGUUCAUCGACGGGUGACAUUCCAUGCUCUGACGAUACUACAGAAGAGGAAGACUGUAACACAAAUGCCUGCGCUACAAACGGUCAGAGAUGUUACUUAAGUUAG